CGCCGGCCGCGCGCUGGAAGUGGUGCCGCCGCCGCCCUCCCUGCCGCCCGCCCGCCAGCCGCCCGCGCGUCCGACGCGGGGGUCGCCGCCGUGUCUGCGUUCGCCAUGCGUCCCCGGGCGCCGGGGCCACUGUGGCCGCUGCCCUGGGGGGCCCUGGCGUGGGCCGUGGGCUUCGUGGGCUCCGUGGGUUCGGGGGACCCCGCGCCCGGUGGUGUCUGCUGGCUCCAGCAGGGCCGAGAGGCCACCUGCAGCCUGGUGCUGAAGACGGAUGUGAGCCAGGCUGAGUGCUGUGCCUCUGGCAACAUCGACACUGCCUGGUCCAACUUCACCCACCCAGGGAACAAGAUCAGCCUCCUGGGCUUCCUAGGCCUCGUCCACUGCCUCCCCUGCAAAGAUUCGUGCGAGGGCGUGGAGUGCGGCCCCGGCAAGGCCUGCCGCAUGCUGGGGGGCCGUCCGCGCUGCGAGUGCGCGCCCGAUUGCACCGGGCUCCCGGCGCGCCUGCAGGUCUGCGGUUCUGACGGCGCCACCUACCGCGACGAGUGCGAGCUGCGCGCCGCGCGCUGUCGCGGCCACCCGGACCUGCGCGUGAUGUACCGGGGUCGCUGCCGCAAAUCUUGUGCCCACGUGGUUUGCCUGCGGCCACAGUCGUGUGUGGUGGACCAGACUGGCAGCGCGCACUGCGUGGUGUGUCGCGCGGCGCCCUGCCCCGCACCAUCCAGCCCCGGCCAGGAACUCUGUGGCAACAACAACGUCACCUACCUGUCCUCCUGCCAUCUCCGCCAGGCCACCUGCUUCCUGGGCCGCUCCAUCGGCGUGCGCCACCCGGGCAGCUGUGCAGGUGCGGCACGCGGUGGGGAACAGCGGCGGGGUCUAGCCCCCAGCCCCUCUCCGCGCCCGCAUUUCUCUUUUGGUCCCUCCCACUCUACAGGCACCCCCGAGCCGUUAGAUCCUGAGUCCGAGGAGGAGGAGGAGAACUUUGUGUGAGCCUGCGGGACCGGCCUGGGCCUGGAGUUCAAGGCUUCCCCAUUUUAUUUAUUGCCACAGCAGAGUCUAUUUAUGUCCAAUGGACACUCCCCAGAACCUGGACAGGGACCACUGUGGGAGCCCUGGUGCCCCUCGACGAUUUCUUGGAAGGACUGGGGAAAAGAAGCCUGGGAGCGGGCCUGGUGGGUGGGCGCCCAGCCCCCGCAGUCCCCACCCCAGGUACCCUAUUGCCCAGGAGGACCUCAAACUUAUGCUCCCUCGGGGAUCACUCUGUUAAUUGUCGCUGCCACCUAAGAGGUCUGGGGAUUUCCUGCCAGCAAUUAAUGAGGAGGUACCCUGGCCUUCUAGAACAGAGACCAGGGGGUGAAGGGGGUUCACAGCCUGGGUGUGAAUAGAUGAGCUUCAGAACAUGCCCAGACCGCAGACAGAUCAAGGAAGCAACCACUGUCCCCAGGUGACCAAGGGACUUAACUUCCCCCUGCCUCACCCAUUUCCCAGCAUGUCCCUGGGGGAUGGGGGGGUGCCAUCUGUGCCUCCUGACCCAGGCCUUGAGUGUGGAGAGGCAUCUGCUAGAACAAAGCAGGCACCACGUAGGGUGGGAGGGACCCGGUGGGGCCUGCGAGGCCCUGCUCACCCACUGGCCCAGGGUGGGGCAUAUAUGCCAAGACCCACUGUACACCUGGCAUCCUGGAGCCAUGUGUCUGAGGGGCACCCCCGUGCCUGCUACCCCAUCCACAGGUGGCGUUCCCUGUAUCUUGCCCUGGCCAUGCCUCUAGGCCCAGUUCCCAGCUGAACCCUCCUUGCCUGCCAGCUGGGUUUCCUCCUGCCACCUGAACUGUUGCUCUGUGUCACCUCCCCAUGCCCAUCUCUAGACCAGAGGUGCAGACCCAGAGGGGGAGGGGCAUCCAGCGGGGCAGGAGCACAGCUCCCCAAGGCAGUGGUGCUCAUCCAUGUCCUUCCCUGCCUCCAGGAAGUGCCUUACCUGUGACACCCAGAAAAGUGCCCUUUAGUAAUGGGUUCACCUGAGCCCACCAACAGGGCAAUCUCCCCCGCCCUGGUGUCCUGCCUCACCUGCCAAAGAAAUAAACACUGAAAAAGCCA